CCUUAUAUAUUGCCGACGUCAUGGUAUGUUUCGCCCGGCCUUUCACUGACAUUUCAUCUUGUGCUGACUCUUCGUUACAUAAAUCCCUUUAGCUGGCGCACAACUUGUCUGACUGGAAAAUGAAUCAAACCAAGGCGAAGAAAUCGGCCUGCUAGGAAAUGGAGUUGGACUGGACACUGGAAUUGGGGGUCCACUCCUGCCUAGGCUUCCGCUUCUAAAUGAGAUCCACGGUCAACGAGAGUAAUCACGUAAGUUAAAGCACCGGCACUUAAACACGUAGCCAAUGGUCGGCCCUAUCUCCACCUCUUCGCGUAACUAUGAACAUGCCAAACCAAGGACAGCCCAAUGCCUGUAACACUGCUAUGAAACCCAGUGCUACCAGGCGUCUCCAAUUGAAAGGGAGGCUCCAACGAAUGUCUGAUAUACCUUUGGAUAUUCUCCUUGAGAUUUUCAGCCAUUUGGACCCCCGUGAUCUCCUUCACCUGUGUCGCACAAGCAAGUCUCUUCGCGCUGUUCUUCUUGACCGUUCUGCGCUUUUUGUCUGGAAAAGUGCUCGUCGAAACUUGGAGAAUCUCCCUGCUAUUCUAGAUGAUUUAUCGGAACCUCGUUAUGCAAGUUUACUGUUCGACAAACACUGCCAGCUUUGUUUAGCACCUGCUAAGACAAAUUACGUUCAAUGGUCGGCCCGAAUUCGAUGCUGCGACGAUUGCCUCAAAAAUAUUGACAUCUUUACUCCAACGAUACCUCAGGAAUUGAUCAAAGUGAAAAACAUAAUUCCAUCAUACUUCUCUGGUGCUGACUCUAGGGAUCACUAUCAUGUUCCCUCUAUGAUUACUUUGAUGCAGGAAGUCAAAACCCUGUCAGACGAAGGGAAUAACUUUGAAGACUGGUAUGAAGAUAAAAGGGCUUCCUUGAACGCGAUUGAGCAGCUUGGCGAACAGUGCGAAACGUGGCUAGCUGUGAGAUCCUGGGCACAUAAAGUCGAACUUGGCAGGAUUCGUCAAAAGAGAGUAGACGAUGUGAUUGCAAAGCUCAAGGAUCUCGGGUGGGAAUACCUAAUUAACAGGAUAUCCCGCAAGAAGAUCGCAUCCCACAAACUCGUGGCGUAUUCCAGGCCGUUGACUGAUCGAAGUUGGUGCAGUAUGGAACCGGCGAUGGUAGAUUUCAUGGAGGAGCUUCAGCAGAGGAACAAAAAAGGUGUCAUGAUAAUGAAAUCCACCGAUACUGCUGGGAAGUAUCUGGGUUAUGAAUCGUGGACGCUGGAUGGCGAAAAGAACAUGUUCGGGCCUUUUGACCCGGACACAGGGAAGCUCUCUGACGAAGAGCCUUUGUGGUAGUUUGUAUUAUAAAGGGGAAUUGCGGUCCUUGAUCUCAGCAUCCGUUCUAGUUCGGACUUGCUGUCACUAUUUUUUCGACGUGUUCCAAGUUGUCAACUCUAUAUGUAUAAUCCAUGCUCAGAUCGAAUGAAUAUACACAUUCUGGUUUACUGCC